AUAUUCCCGAAAAAUUAUCCGACUGGCAAACUACUUUAAAAGCAGUGAACCCUUUAUUAACUGAAAGCAUAAUCACCGAAGCCAAGAAAAAAGAUUUUGAAAAAUAUCCCCACUUUAAGCAAGUAGCCGCAGUUAAAACUUGGCUCGAAAAAGUCUUAGCAAGCGAUAAAAAACUAAAAGCGGACUUUAAAAGCAGGCUAACUACUGCCGAUGCCGAAAUAACUGAUUUAGCCUCCGCCUUUACUAAAUUAGAAGCUAAGCCACUGAUUACUCUUAUUAGCCGAUACGAAUAUGAUAAUUUACCCGAUAGCGGCGAAAGCGAAGAUAAAAAACAAAAGACCCAAACCGAACGGAGAAUAAAAGUAUUGUUAAACAAAACGGCUAGUGAUACGCUCAGCGAGGAAGAACUUAAUACUGCUUUAUUUGAAGUUGCCGCCGGCCACAAAACCUUAUCAACUAAGUAUUACAAGGCGGAUUUAAGCGAAAUAACCCCCCAAGAAAACCCCCCUAAUGAAAAUAACCAACAAAGUUGGCUUCGAGCCGACAAUUGGCAAGUCUGA